AUGACAUCUAUUAUAAAGCUGACCCCCUUCUCGGGGGUAGGGGAUGAGUCUCCGCCCUGCUAUAUGCUUCAGGUGGAUGAGUUCCGCUUUCUUCUGGACUGUGGCUGGGACGAGAGUUUCAACUUGGACUACAUCGAGAACUUAAAAAAGCAUGUUCAUCAGAUCGAUGCCAUGUUACUAACCUACCCAGACCACCUCCACCUUGGUGCCUUGCCGUACAUCGUUGGCAAGUGCGGCCUGACGUGCCCCAUCUACGCAACCAUCCCUGUCUACAAGAUGGGACAGAUGUUCAUGUAUGACCUGUACCAAUCGAGGCACAAUUCAGAAGAGUUUGACUUGUUCACACUGGACGAUGUAGACUCGGCGUUUGACAAGAUCAUUCAGUUGAAGUACUCCCAGAGCACCAACCUCAAAGGCAAAGGCCAUGGCCUGACAAUUACGCCCCUGCCUGCCGGUCACAUGAUCGGAGGCACGCUGUGGCGCAUAGUCAAAGACGGUGAGGAAGAGAUCAUCUAUGCCAUUGACUACAACCACAAGAAGGAGCGACACCUCAACGGAUGCGUCUUGGAGUCACUGAACCGACCAUCGCUUCUCAUCACUGAUGCCUUCAAUGCCACGUAUGUACAGGCCAGAAGGAGGCUCAGGGACGAACAACUGAUGACCAUUAUCUUGAAUACAAUGAGGAGAGAUGGGAACGUACUCAUUGCAGUAGACACAGCCGGCCGGGUCGUUGAACUCUCACUCCUAUUGGAUCAGUUAUGGCGGAACACAGAGUCAGGUCUAACUCCAUAUUCAUUAGCCAUGAUCAACAACGUCAGCUACAAUGUGGUGGAGUUUGCAAAGUCACAGGUUGAAUGGAUGAGUGACAAAGUCAUGCGAUCCUUUGAGGACAAACGGAACAAUCCCUUCCAGUUCAAACACCUCAAGCUGUGCCACUCACUGAAAGAACUGGCCAAGGUUCCAGAACCAAAGGUUGUGCUUGCCAGUGUCCCUGAUCUCCAGUGCGGGUACUCCCGUAGUCUCUUUGUUGACUGGUGCGACAACCCCAACAACAGCAUUGUCCUAACAUGCCGGAGCAGUCACGGAACACUGGCCCGGUCGUUCAUCGAUAACAUCCAACAGAAAGAAGUCAAACUCAAGCUGAGCAAGCGGGUCAAGCUAGACCCCGAGGAGCUUGAGCAAUACCGACUGAAAAAGAAGGAAAGAAACGCAGCUGAGAAGCUCAGAAAGGGUGCAGACCUGGACUCCAGUGAUGAGAGUGAAGAAGAGAUGGAGAUUGGUGAAGUAGGAGGAUUGAAAGGCAACAAGAAAUACGUCCAACAUGAUCUCAUGCUCAAGGCAGAGAGUGGCAAGAAAGGCACCAGCUUCUUCAAGCACGCCAAGAAGUCCUACCCCAUGUUCCCAUUCCACGAGGAAAGGAUAAGAUGGGACGAGUACGGCGAGCUGAUCAAACCAGAAGACUACAUGGUCACAGAAAUGACACAGGCGGAGGAAGAGAAAACUAAAGCUGAGGAAGAUGGCUUUGAUGGUGAAGACUUAGGAGAAGCUGGAGCAGACAUUCCAACCAAGUGUGUCUCCCGGGAGGUCACGCUGGAGGUCAAAUGCUCAGUCAACUUCAUUGAUUUUGAGGGGCGCUCUGAUGGCGAGUCCAUCAAGAAACUCAUCACGCAGGUCAAGCCUCGGCAACUGAUUAUCGUACACGGUGCAGAGGAGGCCACGCAACAUUUGGCAGAAUACAGCCGUCUGCAGCUAGCAGGGACUAAAGUAUUCACACCCAGUAUCAACGAGACAAUGGAUGCUACUAUGGAGAGCCACAUCUAUCAAGUGAGAUUAAAGGACUCGUUGGUAAGCUCUCUUGAGUUCUCCAAAGCCAAAGAUGCAGAGCUGGCAUGGAUCGAUGGCCAACUUGACCUCCCGACUUCUGACCUAGGUGUCAACAAGGAACAAACUGAGGUCACAGAAGAGGAGGGGUCAGAAGUCAAGGUCAAAGCACCAGGUUUGGGUAUCGGCAAAGACACCAGUGCUGAUGCUGACGAGGUUAUACCAAUGCUGGGAGCUAUCCCACCACAAGAGGUUCCAGGCCAUUAUCAAGUCUUUGUGAACGCUCCUAAAUUUCAAGAUCUCAAGCAGGUCAUGUCACGCAACGGCAUACAGGCGGAGUUCAAUGGCGGUGUGCUGGUCUGCAAUUCGGUCGUGGCAAUCAAAAGGAACGAUUCAGGAAGGAUAACAUUAGAGGGCUGCUUGAGUCCAGAUUACUUCAAAGUGCGAGAGCUUCUCUAUGAGCAGUACGCCAUUAUCUGAGAUGGAGACAAAAACUGUGGAUUCAGUUUCUUCAGGAAUUAUCUACACAUCUUCUGGUAUCAGCACAAUCUUCAACCAUUUUCGAAACCAUGAUUUUGUCUCUGGCUUCAACUCAAAGGGACGCAAAAUGUCAAGCGUGGAUGUGAAAAUGUACAUUUUGUGACACUGGACAUUAUUUAUCUUUACGAGUUAUGAGUUUGUAAGUAUUCAGUUAUGAGUUUAUAACCCAGUACCGAAGUGUGAUGACAUCUGCCUGGUUAGCGCGUAUGAUGACUUGAGCUAUGCGCAUGAACCAAACUACGCAGGAAAACAUUGUAGUCUAUUGCUUUUUCAUUAACUUGGAAACACAUGAACAUGAACAUGAACACAAAUGUUGUAGCCAAGUCACAAAUCAGGUUUCGAGAAGUCGAGUCACAAGUAAUGAACAGUAACAAAGGAGUGUCUUGUUGUUGCAGUUCAUUUCCAGUUCAACCCUGAUAAGAAGAGCACUGUUAAUACAACAUCCUACUUAUAACAAGCACAACUUUAGGCCAAAAAAAAAAAGUCUCCGGUUUCUGGUAUGGAGCUUG